AUGUUGAGACUUUGUGGUGAAGUAGUAACCGAAGAAGAGUUGCUCGAGAAAACAUUCUCUACGUUUCAUUCCUCAAACAUAAUCCUGCAGCAGCAGUACCGAAUGAAAGGCUUCGCCACAUACACUGAUCUGAUCUCGUGCCUGCUACUGGCUGAGGCAAAUAAUGAGCUCCUGAUGAAGAACAGUGAAGCUAGACCUGUCGGAUCUGCCCCAUUACCAGAGGCUAAUGAAGUUGAAAAGAAAAAUCCCAACGAGUGCAAUUACAUCCAGAAUGAUAAGAGAUCAUAUGGCAAAGGCCGUGGUGGAUACAUGAACCGUGACAAUUACUCGAACGGUCGAGAUAAGUACUUGGCCGGACGGAAAGGAAACCACAAUAACCGUGGUCGUGGUUCCAAUCCCGGCCGUGGCCGAGGCGGAUAUGGACGAGGUCGAGGCGGUAUAUCCAAACCGUCUUACUCAACCAAAUCCUGA